UGCGGAGUGGAUGCUGUUUUGCUGAUUGUUUUGAUCUAGAGAGAUGCAUCUUCUGGUUUCCUUCUCCAUUGUUGUAAAUCUUUGUGCAUUAUUAUUGUCUGGAGUUAUUUGAGCUUUACUUUCCCAAUUUUUUCACUUCCCCUGUGCGGGGAUGGUUUCUGGAUCUGACCCUGGGAAAGAGAGAGAAAAGUUUUUGGAUGGUUGGAUAAUAUGUAUACUCCGGUACAUUUCCGUCAUUCAAAAUUCUUGUUUUUUUCGUUUCGGUGAUCGGAUGUGAUCAGAGAGCUUCUGUCGGUCAAUCAGUCGGACCUUAGAGGCUUCAUGAUUGCACAUAUUUAGACACAUUGGCACUAUAUUGUAACUUGGAGCAGUACCAGCACUUCUCCAACCAUGGUCCUAGGGUUGAGGACAAAGAAUAGGAAAGGUGCUUCAGUUCAGGUCAAUUACCUUGUACAUGUUCAGGAGAUUAAACCAUGGCCCCCAUCACAGUCUCUCAGAUCCCUUCGGUCUGUUGUUCUUCAAUGGGAAAAUGGUGACCGGAACUCUGGAUCUACCGGCCCUGUUGUCCCCUCCAUUGGGUCUGGUGCUGGGGAUGGAAAAAUUGAAUUCAAUGAGUCAUUUAGGCUUACUACCACUCUAUCAAGGGAAGCUCCUGUAAAAGGUGGGGAUGCCGAGACAUUCCAGAAGAACUGUUUAGAGUUCAGCUUGUAUGAGCCAAGAAGGGAUAAGACAGUGAGAGGUCAGCUCUUGGGAACUGUCAUAAUAGACCUGGCAGACUAUGGGAUUGUCAAAGAAGCUGUAGACAUAGGUGCCCCAAUGAAUUGCAAGAGAAGCUUUCGAAACACAGCUCAGCCAGUUUUGUUUGUAAGAAUCCAGCCAUUUGGGAAGGAUAAUUCGAGCUCAUUACCGAAGGAAAGCCUGUCAAAAGAAUCAUCACUGGACCAGGAUGGAAAGGAAUCAAUUUCUGCAUUGAUGGAUGAAGAAUAUGCUGAUGAAACUGAGAUUGCCUCUUUUACUGAUGAUGAUGUUUCAUCUCAUUCAUCUUUGAAUGUUCCUUCAUCUGCUGUUGACACUGCUGGAAGUUCUUUACCUCAAAAUGGGAAGGUACCAGAAAUAUCUGAGGACAAGCCGGUGACUGCUGGACACAAACAUCUGAAUGGGAGUUCUUCUUGUUCAUCAUCAAUUGACACGUCCUCUGAUCCAGUGAGCCCAGAAAAUGACCAUGCUUCUUUUUCCAGCUUUCCUGGGAUAAGCUUAACACCAACACCAAUCCCCAAAAAAUAUGUUACCCAUAGUGUUCAAUCCUCUUCUUCAGCCAUAUCUUAUGAAGGUAAACACGAAGAGGUUAGACCUAGCAAUGGCACAAGAAACUAUGACAGCAAUGAUUUGGCCCAGGAGGGGGUUAAUGGAAAAUCUGGUAAUGGCAGUUACAUAUUUGAAGAAAAUCAAUACAUGAUGGACAUUAAUACCAAUGGUCCUGCUGCCAAAGUUUCAUGCUCAGAUUCAGGUCUUAGGGUGGUUGAGAAAGCAGGCCUGGUAAAAUCUGCUAACUCUUAUGCUGAAGAAAAGGAUAAUAGACAUUCUAAGGGACAGAGCAAAAAUGGGACUGAGGAAGCUGAGACUGCUACUGGUCUAUCUGCCAGUCUCAUGGAGGAUGGAGAUGGGGAUGAACAGGGAGAAAAUGGACAGGAAGAAUAUCUUAUAACAGAAGAUGAAUUAUCUCAUAAUUUUUCACUAGAUUUCAACAAAAAGCAAGUUGCAUAUGGGGGUGAUACACUUUCAUUUAGCAGGAGAGCUCUUGGAGUGAAGAGUAGUGCCAUAUCUGAUGAUAGGCUAAAGCAUUUAAAGUCUGUCAGAUCAUCAUUAGAUUCACCCAUGAGCAAUGGAUUAUUAAUUGAUAACAAGUUAACCAGUAAACUAAAGGAGACUGAUACUUUGAAAGAUGCUGAUAAUGGUUAUAGAAGCUUCAUGAUGGAUAGAAGGCUUGUUUCUAGAGACACAAGAAACAACUUUUCUGAUGGCAAAGUCCAGCAAUUGGAACGUAGAAUAGAGAGGCUUGAGGGAGAGUUGAGAGAAACUGCGGCAAUUGAGAUUGGGAUGUAUUCUAUUGUGGCUGAGCAUGGUAGUUCUGCGAGUAAAGUCCAUGCCCCAGCUCGACGCCUUUCUAGGCUGUAUUUUCAUGCUCUUAGAAAAUGUUCCCCUGCAAGGAUUGCUAGUGUUGCUAGAAGUGCUGUUUCGGGGUUAGUUUUGGUGGCAAAAGCAUGCGGAAACGAUGUUCCCAGGUUAACUUUCUGGCUCUCAAAUUCCAUUGUACUGAGAGCAGUCAUCAGCCAAGCCAUUGAUGAAUCACAGCUUCCCAUUUCUGCUGGACCCCAUCUUGAAAUUAAUGGAGGUGGGAAGGGAAAUAACAGGAGAUCUUCAACAUUGAGGUGGAAGGAGUCCUCUCCCAACUCGAGAGAAAAGAAGGCUAGCUUGUCUGGAAGUUUUGAUAACUGGGAAGACACUCACACAUUUACAGCUGCAUUGGAAAAUUUUGAAGCUUGGAUCUUCUCCAGAAUCAUCGAAUCUAUUUGGUGGCAGACUCUGACUCCACAUAUGCAGUCCACUGCUGCGAAGGCGAGUGAUACUCAUCUUAGUGCCAGAUCGAGGAAGAGCUAUGGCGGGAGGUCUAGUUUAGGUGAUCAAGACCAGGUGAGCUUUUCACUGGAACUUUGGAAGAAGGCUUUUAAGGAUGCAUGUGAAAGGCUAUGUCCUGUUCGAGCUGGAGGGCAUCAGUGUGGCUGCUUGCCUGUUCUAGCUAGAUUGGUAAUGGAGCAAUGCGUGGCUAGGUUGGAUGUGGCUAUGUGCAAUGCUAUUCUUCGUGAAUCGGGGGAUGAGAUUCCAACAGAUCCUGUGUCUGACCCCAUUAGUGAUUCCAAGGUUCUCCCUAUUCCAGCUGGAAAAGCAAGCUUUGGUGCCGGUGCACAACUGAAAAAUGCUAUUGGGAAUUGGUCCAGGUGGCUUACCGACCUGUUUGGUAUAGAUGAUGAUGACUUACCUGAAGGAGACAGUGAGCUUGAUGAUGAUGAUGACAGACACGAAUACAAGACAUCCUUCAAGUCUUUCAAUCUACUUUAUGCAUUGAGUGAUCUCAUGAUGCUCCCAAAGGACAUGCUUUUGAAUAGUGCCAUCAGAAAAGAGGUAUAUCCUACAUUUGGUGCACCAUUGAUCAGGAGGGCUCUUAACAGUUUCGUCCCUGAUGAGUUUUGUCCAGAUCCAAUUCCAGAAGCUUUGUUUGAGGCACUGGAUUCUGAGGAUGGUCUUGAGGCUGAAGAACAGUCUCUCAGAAGCUUCCCAUGCACUGCAGCUCCAAUAGUAUAUUCGCCACCUUCUGCAGCUUCACUUGCAGGUUAUAUAGGUGGGUUUGGAAGCCAAUCUCAGUUGCAAAGGAGUGGGUCCUCGGUGCUCCGGAAAUCUUACACCAGUGAUGAUGAGCUUGAUGAAUUAGAUUCUCCUCUAGCUUCAAUCAUCAGUGACAGCUUUCGUGGUUCUCCUACUUUAUCAGGUGUGACCAGCUGGAAACAGAGCAAGAAUGGUGGGCACAAUGUUAUCAGAUAUCAACUCCUCCGGGAGGUUUGGAGGGAUGGUGAGUAGUUGUUCCUAUACACCUGCAACCCUUAGUUCCAUGAAUUAUUCUUUCUCACAAGUCCAUGUAUGAAUAAACAGUGCCUGUGUGUAUAUAUGUAUGUAGGUUCUUUCGCACCUGAGUUUAAUGUAAAUUUUGUUUCCAUUUUCAAAACCAAUGACCCGUGAGUCGAUGAGAUAAAUUUUGAGCUUUUCCCUU